AUGCCCAAUGUGGACACUAGGGAACUAAGAAGUACUUUGGCCAUUGAUGAUUCCAUGAUAACCAGCUGUAGUCCAAGGAGCAGUGAGCAUGAUCUUGAUAGUGAUGUUGAUUCAGCUAACAUGGAGAACCUCCUUCUUGAGGAUUUGGACCUGUACAUGGAUGACAUCAAUUCCCGUCUGAUUGUCUCGAGGAUGGUGGGUAAUUCUGUCAUCAGGGGCAUAGUGAAUGCCAUAGCAGAGGACUCGGCGGAGACAAUCUCUUCAAAGGAAGCCCAGAUUGAGGAGCUGAACAGAAGACUACAACUUUAUGAACCCAUUGCUGGUUUGAGGGGGGCAAGCCCAUCUCAGGUGCAAUUCACCCGUUUGGGUUUGAGGGAGGACGAUGAUGGAAUGAUGGGUAGUCUUAAUAUUGCUGCGGAGAAGCAUCUUGAGGUGCUCAAGAGAGAAAUUGAGUGGAUGAGGAGUUCAGAUUUUUUGAAGGGUACUCAGUUGGGCCAAGGGAGGUCCUUGGAGAGUUUGACCCAGAUGGACAAAAACAUUGAUGCCUUGAGAGAGAUAAUGGGCAUUAUAUUUAAAAACAGCAGCGAAAUGAGCUCUUUAUUGAAGGAGUCUCUUAAUGAACAACAGUGGCAGCGGGAGAUUCAAAGGGAGGUUGAUAGUGCCAUUGUACAGAACAUCAUAAGAGAAAUGAGGGAAGGAUUUGAGACGAAAUUGUGCGAACAGACGAGCCUUUUCGACGCUCAAAAUGAUUAUUGGCUGAAAAAAGUUGGGGAGAUUUCAGAUUUACACCAGGAACUGAAAUUUGUUUCAAAGUCCAUGUUGAGCAUUGAACCAGAGCACCAUCACCACCUCCCUCAUGGUUCGCAAGAAUCUUAUGAAGAAUGGGAUAAUAGCAAGAAGAAAGAUCAUGUAUCCGGGAAACUGUAUGGAUACAGUGCUGUUACUGAUUCUUCCCGUGUGGGUGAAAAUGGGGUUGUGUCUGAGGAAAAGUCUGGAAAUACCGCCCCAGAAAUUGCAGAAUCCUCCCUGUUGUUGCACCUGUCAAAGGAAGAGCUUAUAAGCCAUUAUAAGACUGAAAUAAGCGAGAUGAAGAGACAACUAGAGUCUUCCAUUCAAGAAAAAACUGAAGAAUUAUUUAGAUGGAAGCGACAAUUUCUCAAAGAAAGGGGCUUUUCGCACACUAAGAAGGAGAAAGAGCUGGAGGCGCUGAAGAAAAGGCUGCCAGAUAUAAGUCUUAGGCUGGAUGGGGUAUUGCUUGAAGCCAAGAAUUUUUAUGCUGUUCAAGAUGAUCAUGAUAAAACAUUUAGUUUUAAGCAAAGAAUAGAUGGGCUGCUGUUGGAGAAUAAAAGUUUGCGUGAUUUGCUUGCGAGCAAAAGUAAAGAGGUGGAUCGACUUGCUUCACAGGUUUCUGAGGCAGCGAAGCGGAUGACAAAGUAUUCUUCACUGGAGAAGACCCUCUUGAAGAAGAAAAGGAAACUCGAAUGGGAGAUCGAAGAUGCAGAGACAGAAACCUUCAUCAGAAGCCAGAUAGAUACAUGCAUUUUGAGUGAGCUGAUUCAUGAUUCUGAGUGUCGAGGGGAAGAUGCACACACAGAGACUGAGAUUAUGGAAAACAUUUAUGGUGUCAUUUUGGGAGGAUUGAUUGUAGAUGCCCGAUCUUUGGUUAAUUCUAUCAGGGUGUGUGCGGAGAAGAAUAACAUUUUAGCUGCAGUUGUCUCACAAAAGGAUAAGGCCUUGGACCUGGAAGUAGAGAAGGCGGAGCGAUUGAGGCAAGAAGUUGCAUCAUUGUCUACCUUGGUGAAUGAGAGGGACAUUGCAUUAUCAUCGGAGGUAAAAAAGUCAGAGACAUUGAGUCAAAAACUUGAAAAGGCGGAGCAGCUGAAGAAAGAAGUCUUAUUGUUGUCAACUUUGGUUCGUGAGAAGGAUAUUACCCUAUCAUUGGAGGUAAAAAGAUCCGAGGAACUAAGUCAGGAGCUUGUAUCAUUACGGGGAUUCAUAGAAGAGAAGAACAUGCUCAUAGUAGACUUAGAGUCUAAACUAAGGAAGCAAGAGCAGGACCUGGACCAAGAUUCUGAAGAACUUUCUAAGCUGAAGGCCCAGGUAGAUGAACAAGAAAGAUCACUUUGGGGCUACAGGGCGGAAUCAGAUUUGGUGAAGUCUAGGCUUGAUGAGGCCAUGAAAAAAAUCGGUCAAUCUGAUGCAGAAAUUUUUAACCUAAAUCAGAAACUUGCCCUUGCAUCGAACAACAUGAGGGAAGCAGAGAAAGAGAAAAUAAUGCUUUAUAACAUCAUCCAAGAGAAGGAAAACAGGUUAUCUUCGGCCACAGCAAGGGUUGAUGAACGGACUCAGCAGAUGGAAUCUAUUGUAGUCUUUGUUAAGGAGUUGUCAAGAUCAGUUGUGGAAUUGGAAAGGAUCAUCUUGCGAAAGCUUGAAAGGAGAAGUUCCAGGUCCUUCUCUCAAUGGUCAUUAUCUUUUCUUUGUGGGUUUUUAUUGCCACGUUUAUUGCCACGUUAAUGGCCAUUAUCUUUCAGAGUUUGUUUCCAAAAUCGUGUCACCGCUAGAUCAUUUAAGCGCCAUCGUUCAAAGAAAAAUUACUCAGCCCACAUCAUAUCCUUCCUUCACGCUCUAUAUGCAUCAUCGGAUAUUUAAUAAGUCAGAGGGCUUUGCCCACUGACCUCUCAGUUACAAAUUCUACUUUCUUCAUCGCUCUUGACCUGAAUUUGGUUAAGGGUGUUCGAUUAUUGUGUAUCUCCUCUGUUUCGAAUGCGACUCCUCCUCACUGGACGAAUGUUUAAUUAUAAAAUGUUUAAUUCUGUCCAUGGGGAGUUAGUAAGUUCUCUUAUCUAGGUCUUUCAACUGGAGAUUUUAUAUCCCGAGAAUCUUGGCACUGUUCAUGGAAUCAAUCACGACUAGCCCUUCCUCCCUUUUCAUUACUGAUCCGGCUUACCAAAUGGAGGCAGGUAUCAACUUCUCCUACUCUCCCAAAGAAAAAAUAAGGAAAAAACAUGGCCUGAGAUAGCUCCUGAUCCGUUCCCAUUCCUUUCGUGAACUUCCAGAACCCCACCCCACCAAAAUAUAUCAAAUGGCUCCUAAUCCAGGUCAACCAAUUUCGGAAAGUUGAGUUAGGGUAUUUGUUCCUGGGAUCAGUCAAUUACAGAUCCUGGCUCUAUUUAGGGAGAGGAGGCCCUUGACCCCAAAUGGCUGAUCAAACGUUGUUAAAUAAAGCUUGGGUCACAGCCUAUACACCUAACCCCAAUGCUGGCAGACAAAGAUUGUCUCAGGCCUGGCUGAUCCAAGCCAAUCCAACUUCACCGUGCUAAGUCAUGCUAAUCAUUUGAGGACUAUCUUGGAACAGGCCUGGGGUCCACACGCAAGCUCAAGCCGUUCUUUUUCCUCUGGUAUCAGCAUUGUUUUCUCUUAAAUGGGAUUUUGGUUCGGGGGGAUGGGACAUUGAUUGAAAACUGGUCCUGGGGAGGAAAGCAGUCUCAAAUCUUGGGUACUUGGGUUGCCUGUUCUGGGAGACAAAGACACCCUAUUUUUUUUUGAUUCGGGAUCAUUCACAUGGAAGACUAUCAAACUGAAUCAAGGUGGCUCAUCUUGAGGAUCAAAGUUUGGUAGUAGUAGCAGGAAACCUGCCCCUGAGAAAUGAGCACUCCUGCGAGCAUGCAUACCGUCAUUCGGAAAGAACAUCUUUCCACCCCACAUUUUCUCUGCAGCCAAAGAGGGCCUACCCGAGACACUCUAUAACCCAUCCAAUUGUCAUGAAAUUUGAAACUGUCUCCAUUACCCUUGACAGUAGUUUAAGGGACACAUCCUCUGAGUGAAUGAUGAUGUGGUCUCUAAUAUAGCUGAUUCUUGUCUAUCUUUAUAUGUAAUGAUUUAAUCAGCCUUAAUGAAUUUUUUUUAUUAUCUUGCAUCCUAAUGCCGAUGCCUGGGAGUCUGAAAACUUCAAAAUACACUGGCUGCUUUACUUUUGCAGGCUGGAGGAAUUGUUCAGCGAAUGUGAUGAGCUUUCAAAGCUGGCCAGUCUCUUCAAAAGAAGAGAAUUGCAGUACAAGAAGGAGCUUGAGAUCAGAUAUCGUGAUCUCCGCAAGGAAAUCGAGAUCAUAGUUUGCAAUCACGAAAGGGCAGAAAAUGAGGUAUAACCAUAGGGAAUUCAUUUUUUUAUGUGAGAAGCAUUGGAGUCUAUAUUAGAGCUUAUCUCAGUCGAUUGGUUGGGGAAUAGAGAAAGGGGUGAAGAAAAGGGAACAAGACACUCUGAACUGGAAUUCUCAUUACCUCGUGACUCCCAUUUUGGGUUUUCUGCUUAGUUAUUUUCCAUUGAAGAAGAUUAUUUUAAUUGAAUGUCGAUUGGAUGUAUGUUCUCCAGUUGUGGUACAGAGACCGCUUUGCCUUUGCCUUUGGCCAACUGUCCAACGGGUCUUGCUCUUUGAAUGCAGGUUGACCGCUUAGGCGAUGAAGUGGAUGAUCUCAUAAGCGUUCUUGAAAAAGUUUGCAUCGCCCUCGAUCAUUACUCUCCUGUGCUGCAACACUACACCGGUGUAAGUCCAAAUUUCACUUCGGAAUAUGAUUUUUGAGUUUUUUUUUCUCUUUAGAAACCUCUAUUUAUUUAUUUUUAUUUUCCAUUGAAGCACCAUGUUUGUGCCUUCAUCGGAUCUAGAUAGUUAUAUGCUCUGUGAAACCUUCUUGUGCCCUCUUUAGUUUUGCUCAGUAAUAAUUCGGGGUUAUCUUACGGAGUUCUUUUCUUUACUAAAGCAGUGCGUUUUUAAGUUUAGUGCUCUUAAGCCUGACUAAGAGCUCUUCUCAUCCAUGGAUCUGCCCACUUCGAUUCCAUGUUAUUUUUGCUGUCGACUUAAUCCACGGGUAUUAUUUUCUGGUCGCAGGUCGUGGAGGUCUUGGAAAUGGUCAAGAGAAAGCUGAAGGAUGUGUGCAGGGAGACCCGGCCCACGGCGGAUGAGUGA